AUGGAUACAAUUCAUGAACCAAAUAUUAUCAUAGAACAAGAUGAUAAGGAUUUUUAUCUUUCAUCGCCGUUAUAUCCAAUUUUACUUAAUAAAUCAAAUAAUAAUACUAAUCAUUAUCAAAGUAAUUUAUCAUCAUUUGAAGAUAUAUUCGAUUGUGUUUUUUCAAAAUUUUUCUCUUCAUGGACUCAAAUGAAAGCUGUUCCAGAAGAUUUGAUUGCAAUUUUAUGCGUGGUACGAGAGCAGAUAAAUCGUAUUUUGAAAACCAUUCCUAUUUCACUUGAAGAAUUUGAAAAUUCUCUGAUAAAAUUUAAUCCAUAUGAUGUACCAUCUAUGUGGUCGAAACGAGAGAAUCGUCUACGUGUAGAUAUGUUACAUAAUCACCCGGCAUUAAUAGAAUUACGUAACGAUGUAAGGAAACGUCAUCAAGGACAUGUAUAUGAGAAUCGUUUAAAUAUUUUGUCAAAUUCAGCACCUUUAGAAUAUAUCCCAUCAAAGGGAUCGAAGUUAUGUAGUAAAGACAAUCAAUCAUUCACUGUACUCUUGUCACCUGAUCGCAAGUCGCUUCUUAUAAGAGACACAAACCAGAACAUAAGAGAAAUAUGGCAACUAAACUGUAUUAGCCGAGUAUCUUUGGGUAUAACUGAGAAAGUGAAAAAAAAUCCGGAACGUACAUUACUCUUUCAAGUGGAAUUAUCCGAUAUUCCAAAUCAAGAUGAUCCCAAUGAAUCGACAAGUAAUAAAUCACGUUGUUUUCGAGUUAUUUUAUUAGCCAGAUCAGUAAUUGAAUAUAAUUAUUGGUUAGAUGGAUUAUUUUUAUUAAAUAAAUUAAAUAAUCCAAGUGAUUAUUACAAUGAAGAUGUGGAGCGUUUAACUGAACUAGACAUGUGUAUACGUCUUUCAAGUUUAGAUUUAAAUCAGUUGCCAAAAAGAGAAAUCGCCAUGCCUACAGAUCCACCACCACCUUUGGAUUUUAUUUAA